UCUCUCACUCUCACACUCUCACACACUCACACGGCUGAUCCGAUCCUGCCAUUCCACACACACACUGAAGAUUAGAGCUGGAGUGUCACUGCAGGAGGAGAAACACAACCUGCUCCAGAAACUUCAAAGAAACUCACAACUCUGAGAUCAGACACUUUACAACGGUUUCACUUUUUAAACUAUUUUUAUAUUUUUAUAAUUUUUUUGUUCCACUUUUGGAAGUGUGUGUGUGUGUGUGUGUGUGUGAGGGAAGAAGGGAUUUUACCUCACGCUGUGUGUGUACACUCUUGGACUUUGAGACUUAGACUGAGAGACUCAAUAUUAAGCAGACUAGCAACAAAAUACACACCUUUAAAACGUCAAGAGGACAGAACAGAGGACAGAGGACAGAGGACAUGAGCGUCAGGUCAGAAAUGGGAAGAUGGGCCUGGCACCUCAGUGUGAUAUUUCUCUCUCUUAUCCUGAUUGCUCAUCAUGAUGUCAGUGCCAAUCGCUGUGCAGCGAGUAAAGCCACCAGCUGCUCUGCAUGUCUGCAGACUGGAUUUGGCUGUGCAUACUGUCCUGAUGAGGUGUUUGGGUUUGAUCGAUGUGACCUGCUGGAGAACCUGAAAUCUCACGGCUGUCUUCAGAUCGUAUCAGUGCAGAGCUCCAUGUCCAUGCUGAAGAACAUUCAGAUUAAUAAGAACCUAAAACACUCCCAAGUGGCUCCUCAGCAGAUGAGUAUGACGCUGUUACCUGGUGAGGUGCGUGAGGUGGAGAUGGAGGUGUUUGAGCCGGCACGAGGUCCACUUGACCUCUACAUUCUCAUGGACUUCUCCAACUCCAUGUCUGAUGAUCUGGACAACCUCAAGAGGAUGGGAGAUGAGCUAGCGCUGUUGGUUGGGACGCUCUCUGAUGAUUACACAAUCGGAUUCGGCAAAUUUGUUGAUAAAGUCACUGAACCACAGACAGACAUGAGACCAUCAAAGUUGAAGGAGCCGUGGGCGAAAAGUGACCCGCCUUUCUCCUUCCAACACGUCAUCACUCUCACCAGUAACGUCAGCACUUUCAGACAGAUCUUGCAGAAGGAGAGAAUAUCUGGCAACCUGGAUGCUCCUGAGGGGGGAUUUGAUGCCAUCCUGCAGGCCGCCGUGUGUCAGUCUCAGAUCGGGUGGAGGCAACACAGCACCCAUCUCCUGGUCUUCUCCACUGAGUCAGCGUUCCAUUAUGAAGCAGACGGCAUAAACGUGCUGGCGGGAAUUUUGCCACGGAACGACGAGGCAUGUCACCUGGACAAUAAGGGUCUGUAUACACACGCCACACAGCAGGAUUACCCAUCAGUCCCCACACUGGUGCGGCUCCUCGUCCAGAAUAACAUCAUCCCUAUCUUCGCCGUCACCAACCACUCGCUUUCCUACUAUGAGAUGCUGCUUCAUUAUUUCCCCAUCGCUGAGCUCGGAGUUCUGACAGACGAUUCAUCCAACAUCCUCAACAUCAUCAAGAACGCCUUCGAGAGUAUCCGUUCAAAGAUCAGUAUCCAGGCUGAAAACAAACCUAAAGCGAUCAGUUCUCAGAUUCUCUCAGCAUCAGGAGUCGCUUCAGAUUAUGGAAACUUCCAAAUCCAGCCUGGAGAAAUCGGUAAAUUUAAAGUGCUUCUGAACGCUAAGACAACUGUGAACGACAAACCUGUGUGCAGUCUGAACUCUAACGAGCGCACAGGAACCAUCAGGGUCAAACCUACAACGUUUAGCUCCGCCCUCGAAAUACAAACCUCCGUACUCUGUGAAAUCUGCAACUGUGAACAGUUCCCCAUAAAGAUGGCGGCUCGGUGUAGCGGUAACGGGGACCUGGUGUGUGGAACCUGCAAAUGUCACAGUAAAUGGUUGGGUCCAUUCUGUAACUGCUCGUCUCAGUUGUCGUCAGAUGUAAGUGGUUGUGUAGCCCCUGGGAUGACAGAGCCAUGUAAUGGGAGAGGAGACUGUCUGUGUGGAACGUGUCUGUGUUACAAUCCCAAUCAGUACGAAGGACAGUUCUGUCAGUACGACAGAUCACAAUGCCACAGAUCAGGAGGAUUCCUCUGUAACGAUCGAGGCCGGUGCCACAUGGGUAGGUGUGUGUGUGACAGUGGAUGGACAGGAAAUGCAUGUGAGUGUCCUCUCAGUAAUGCAACCUGUCUGGACAAUAAAGGGGGUUUGUGUAACGGUCAUGGUGUGUGUAAAUGUGGACGAUGUGAGUGUGAAUACUCUGGACUAGAGUUGGGAACAACAUGUGAACCAAACUUCCAGGCACAGUUGGGGAUGUGUGAGGGCAGGAGGAGUUGUGUACAGUGUCAGGCCUGGAAGACUGGAGAGAUAAAAGGAGACAAGUGCAAGGACUGUCCAUUUACCAUCAAGAUGGUGGAUGAGCUGAAGGACAGAGAUAAAGUGAUAGAGACGUGUGAGUAUCGUGAUGAAGAAGAUGACUGUACGUAUCACUACACAGUGAAUUAUCCUAAUAAUCCCUCUGAUAAAGAGCAUGAGGUGGAGGUGCUCAAGAAGAAAGACUGUCCUCCUGGAGGUUUUCUCUGGUUGAUUCCUCUCAUCAUGUUCCUAAUGCUUUUGUUGGGUCUCUUACUGCUCUGUUGCUGGAAAUACUGCGCAUGCUGCAAGGCAUGUUUGGCUCGGCUGUGUGUCUGCUGUCCGUGUUGUGCGAUGGGUCGUAUUGUGGGAUUUAAAGAAGAUCACUACAUGCUCCAUCAGUCUAUGUUGAGCUCAGAUCACUUGGACACGCCGAUGGUACGGACCGGGCCGCCCAAGAGCACAGAUGUCGUGCGCUGGAAAGUGAAAGACAACGUCCACCGUGGACCGAACCACCCUCAGAACCAGAUCCAACCCAACCCUAAAGAAAUCAUCGACGUCCCUCUCUCUCUUCGGCUCCCCAGAGCGUUUUCCGACGAACUUUCACGCCCAGAAGCUCGUAACACUGAGAUGCUCAAACAGGAAGUGGAGGAAAAUCUGAAUAACGUUUUCAGACAAAUUCCUGGAGCUCACCGAGUGCAGAAAACCAGAUUCAGGACACAGAGGAACGCAGGGAAAAGGCAGAACAACACGAUUGUGGACACGGUUCUCUCGGCUCCUCGCUCCAGCUACCACAACGUCACGAACCUGGUCCAUAAACAGGUGCAGUCUGGGAACUUCAGCGAUUUGAAUGUGGUGCCGGGAUACUACACUGUGGCCACAGACAGAGAGGCGACGGGAGUGGUGGAGCUGCAGGAGGGCGUGGAGUCUGUUGAUGUUCGGGUCCCGCUCUUCAUCAAAGAUGAGGAUGAUGAUAAGAAACAGUUGCUGGUGGAGGCCAUUGACGUUCCUGUGGGAAUCGCCAACAUUGGAAAACGCUACGUCAAUAUCACUGUGAUUAAAGAACACGCUAAGAGCAUACUGACCUUCCUUCAGCCCUCGUAUACAUUCUCUCGGCAAGACGGUGUCGCUAACAUCCCGAUUAGCCGUGACAUCAUUGAGGACGGUCGCACUCAGUUCACCUACUGCACCCGAGACCUAACUGCGAAGGACAAGAAGGACUACAUCUCAGUGGAUGGUGACCUGAUGUUCCAGCCUGGAGAAACUCAGAAGAUGGUUCCUGUGAAGCUGCUGGAGCUCAGUGAAGGAGACGCCCUGUUGGAUAAACAACCUAAACAGUUUGUGAUGGAUCUGAGCAACCCUCUUCAGGGCGCUAAACUCGGCAAAUACCCACGAACCACCAUCAACAUAGCUGACAAGCCAGAGUCGAGCGUGAUCAUGUUCAAGAACAGCACGCAGAACUUUAACAUAUCGGAUGCGCUCUACAACAUCCCUGUGAUACGCACUCAGGGUCUGGAAAACCCUUCCACCGUUAACUGGAGAACAAUCACCUCCCGCUUCAAUCUUUCUGGUCCGGUCAAGUUUGCUCCUGGAGAGAUGGAGAAGAACAUUGUGAUUGACACUCGUACACAGCAGAUCCCCAAAGAAAGCUUCCAGCUGGAGCUGUUUGAUCCGAGCGCUAACAGCCUCAUCCGAGACAGGAAGACCACACUGGUGAACAUCACUGAUUCCAGAGGAGACUUUUUAUCUAAGACAGGAUCUGUUCCAGUUAAAGCCUCGUCUCCCACUGGACGAAUUUCUGCUCCAACUAACAUUGAAGCUACAGCUACAGGCCCCAAAAAAAUCCACCUUAACUGGAACCCUCAGCCUGGAGCCAAAGGAUAUAAGGUGAAGUACUGGAUCUAUGGAGACCCAGAGGCUGAAGGCCAGGUGGUGGACGUUAAAAACACUCAGGCUGAAUUGACGAAUCUUUACCCAUACUGCGAUUAUGAGAUGCGUGUGUGUUCAUACAAUGCUCAGGGAGAUGGGGACUACAGUGACAUCGUAGAGUGCCAGACUCUUGAGGAUGUCCCGAGUGAACCGGGCCGCCUGGCCUUCAAUGUCAUUGGCCAGACUGUCACUCAGCUGAGCUGGGCAGAACCAGCAGAGCCCAACGGCGUGAUCACAGAGUACGAGGUUGUCUACACACCCAUUAAUGAGGACAGCAAACCUAUUGGACCUGAUAAAAAGGUGAAGAUUGACAACCCCAAGAAGCGCAUGCUGCUUAUUGAGAACCUGCAGAAAUCACAGACGUACCGCUACAAAGUGCGUGCAAGCAACAAGGUAGGAUGGGGACCCUACAGAGAUGCCACCAUCAAUCUGGCCACCCAGCCUCUCAGACCCAUGUCCAUUCCCAUUAUUCCUGAUAUUCCUAUCGUGGAUGCAGAGGCGGGUGAUGAGUAUGACAGCUUUCUCAUGUACAGUAAUGAAGUUCUUCGUUCGCCUACCUCCAGCACCAGACCCAGUGUGUCUGAGUUCUCAGAAGAGCAGAUCAUAAAUGGAAAGUGGGAUCAAGGGUUCUUGUUCCCAGGGGGAAGUGGUUCCCUGUCACGUAACAUCAGCACAUCUUCAACUAGCUACAACCUCUCACCCCGCCCUGGUGGUGCCAACCAGACAGUGGAGACCACUACGACUUACAUAACCAACAAAGGAGGAUCUAUGCCUCGUAAACACGACAUCCACACAGAGGAUGUGACACUGAGAAAACGGUCUGAAAACAGGACUUAUUAUGAUAAUGAUGGUAUAAGAGACUCCAUCGUGAUAAGUGAAUUGACUGGAGGAUUCUCUGACAUUCUAAGCGGUUCUAGCUUCAGCCAGACUACAACUACCAGCUACAGCAUGAACUCCCGUGUACACAAUCAUACAGAUGACAUCAAUGAAGCUCUGCAGAACCUGGACAGGGUUCUCCAGGAUACUCGGCUGCAACGUGGCGUGCCUGAGACCCCAAGCAGGCUGGUGUUUUCAGCUCUGGGACCAACGGCACUGAAGGUCAGCUGGCAGGAGCCUCACUGCGAAAAGCCAAUAAGAAGAUACUGUGUCCUCUAUCAGCUCCUCAGUGGAGGUGAAAUAAAGUCCAUAGACAUCAAUAACCCUACACAGAAUUCUGUGAUGGUUCAGGACCUACUGCCAAACCAGUCAUACCUGUUCAAGGUCAAAGCUGAGAGUCAUGAGGGUUGGGGUCCUGAGAGAGAGGGAGUGAUCACCAUCGAGUCUGCUGUCGACCCCAAGAGUCCCCUCAGCCCUGUUCCAGGGUCUUCAUUUACUCUCAGCACCCCCAGUGCUCCAGGUCCACUGGUCUUCACUGCAUUAAGUCCAGAAACUCUCCAGCUCAGCUGGGACAAACCACGCAAACCCAACGGAGAGAUCGUGGGCUACGUGGUGACCUGUGAACAGCUGCAUGGUGGAGGAGAUCAGCGCUCCUUCCAGCUCAGCGGAAACUCGGCCACGACUCUGACUGUUUCUGAUCUGAGUGAAAACGUGCCGUAUAAAUUUAAAGUCCAGGCUCAGACCACGCAAGGCUUCGGGCCUGAGAGAGAGGGGAUCAUCACCAUCGAGUCUCAGGAUGGUUCUGUGGGUCAGUACGGCAGUCAGUCUGUAAUGAGGAGAGAGGUGUUUAAUUUGCCAUCACAGAGCACAACACAGACAACACACACUAUGUUCACUGAUCCAUUCAUCACACCAGAGGGUAUUAUGAUGUCAGGCAGACAAGUCACACAACACUCAGAGAUAAGUGGCAGCAUCACGAGGCAGGUGGAGAUGGUGCAGAGGGGAGUGAAGUCCACCGUCACCAAGAAACAAUAUUAUGAAGCCUGAUGGAGACGAUGCAAACCUGCUGUGUUCAGUGAUGUUACAUCUCAUGCACACACACACACACACACACACACACACACACACACACACACACACACAGACUGUGUACUGGCCUGAACAUGUAUAAGAAUGAGGAAGCUGAAACACAUUCCCACUUGUGUUCAGGUAAAAGUGAUAUUUUAGCUUUAGCACUGAUGUGUAACUGAAGCCCUGAACUACAAGCUGCACAAAAACAUGCUGAAGUUGUGUUGUUAUUCUGACAAACACAACAAAAGGUCAUCUUCAACACAUUAGUCUUACUGAUAGAUUGUCAUGUGUGAAAUAUAAAAUCCUCACGAGUCAUUAGGCUGAUUCUGGCAGGUCAAAGCUGUUUCUGUGUCAGUGUAAACAUUAAAGUCUCUUCAGAGUUGUUCUUGAAACUGCCGAUUUAAAAUACACUGAUAUGAUCUGAACAACAACAACAACAACAACAACAACAACAUCAACAACAAUACUAAUAAUAUGAUGAUGACGAUUUUUCAGUCUUACUGAAUGUAAACUGUUCUGUACUUUCGUGUCUUUGCACUACAUCCAUCUCACAUCCUAGCAGCCUUUAGAUAGUUGCUUUGUUUUAGGUUUUUUUGUUUGUUUAUUUUUAUAUCUCAUUUUUUAUGUUACGUUGCUAAAUAUGAUGCAUUUUGAAUGUCAUUUUGCAAACAAAAACAUUUCCACAGUGAACGACUCUGAAGAGUACAACAAUAAUAAUAAUGAUAAUAAUAAUAAUAAUAAUAAUGAUAAUAAUAAUAAUAAUAAUAAUAAU